AUGCAACAACCACAGCAACAGGCAGCUACGACAGUUGGCUUCACUACCAACAGCCUGAUAAAGGGACGAUGGACUGUAAUGCGGAAGAUUGGACAGGGCGCAUUCGGCGAGAUAUACUCUGGAAAGAAUAUUAUAAAUAAUGAGAUGGUGGCGAUCAAAGUGGAGAAGAUCGACACCAAGAAGCAGGUGCUCAAGCUCGAGGUGGCCGUGCUCAAGAAGCUCCAAGCCUGUCCAUAUGUAUGCAGAUUCAUCACAUGUGGGCGACACAACGAUUAUAACUAUAUGGUGAUGGAGUUGUUGGGCGACAACCUCUCGGAGCUCCGAAGACGACAGUCCGAUGGCAAGUUCUCCAUGACCACCACACUCAAGCUUGGUAUCCAAAUGAUCCAAUCACUCGAAGCAGUCCAUAAUCUUGGUUAUCUACAUCGUGAUGUUAAGCCUUCCAAGGAUCUGGGCAGACGCGACGACCUGUGGUCGAUAUUCUACGUGCUGGUGGAGUUUGCCGAGGGCCAGCUGCCGUGGCGCAAGCUGAAGGAUAAGGAUCAGAUUGGCGAGAUGAAGAUUAAGUACAACACGACCGAGCUGGUCAAGCAUCUGCCGCGACAGUUUGAGCAGUUCAUGCACCAUCUCAAGACGCUCACCUACGAAGAGCGACCCAACUAUGUAUAUUUACAGAACCUGCUGACUGAAUGCUACCUGGAGCAUGGAGGCAACGACGCUACUAUGUUUGACUGGGAGGCAGCAGCCGCCGCCCAGACCAAUGUCAAUGUGUCCAACCAAGGUCCACAAAUGCACAAGGUGUUGCUAUCACCAUCGACGAUGGAGGCCGAGGCCAGUCGAUCGAGAAAUGACAGACAGAAUAGAGACUCACCAAUCGACAAUGAGAUGUCACCACCUCCCGCGAAGGAUUCAGAGACGGCGUCGGUGAUUGCCGCGUCGUCCGACAACGAGAAGUCGGGCUCAUGGAAUCAGAAGAGCUCAAAGAAGGACCAGGGCGUGAUCCACAGUCCACAUCACAUCAAGCCUCACGACGACGCCAAGCAGCUGCGACCCCAUCAGCAGGGCGAUCCCAACAACACGUCCAACUACCGUCUCAACCAUCAGCAGCGACCAGAGGAUACCAAGCACGCUGUGCUCCCUACCAAGAAGAAGACUCAUUGUUGUACAAUCAUGUAA